AUGCACCGCUCGUGGAUUGGCGCUCUCGUGUGCUAUCCUAACAACCAAGCCCCGCAAUCGCCCGCGGCUACCAUUCCCCAGCGUCAACGGGCGCCCAGGCCAUAUGAGACCCACAGGGGUCGCCCCCAAGCAACCGUUCAGGACCGUUUGGCCCAGUUAGAGCAGAUUGUCGUUUCGCUAAUGCAAAAGACCACGUCCAAUAGCCAAGACAGGGAGGACCCUCAUCCCGUCGGGUCGGUUCCUCAAGUCUCACCGGUAGGGCCCAUCAACUCAGAAGAGUCUCCAGCUCAGUCCGAUGGCAGAAGUGUAUGGUUUAGCUCUUCAGACGCCCAGUAUGUGGGAGAAACCCAUUGGGCCGCCAUCCUGGAUGGGAUCGCCGAUAUUAAGGAGCAGCUUAAACGGGGAGACGAUGGGAACAUUGAAAACCCUGCCCUGCUGCCUCCUUUUCUGCUGUAUGGAUGUAAAUCAGCGAGUAAAGAAGAUAUCUUGGCAGCCCUGCCCGAUAGGCCCGUUGUCGAUCGCUACGUUUCCCAGUACUUCAAUCGGCUGGACUUGGCGCCAUGUAAGCCCCUGACCUACGAUAUGCGAAUUUCGACUAAUACAGGGCAUCGCACUAUUCAGCUUGUCUGCACAGCGUACGAACGAUUCUGGGGAAAUCCAUCCCAAACCUCGGUCAUGUGGCUGGGUCUCCUCUUCUCUAUGAUAUGUCUCGCCGUGCUGUCUUCAAAUGCGGCAGACUCCAGCUCAUCCCCGGGAGUCCGUUAUCCGUCGGUCGAUACGUACCGCGAAAAGAUAGUACAGUGCCUCAUUCUGGGUGAGUACACUAAAUCCGGGCGUUACGUGUUUGAAACACUAUACCACUACUUGACCAUCGAGUUUUCCAUCCGGAAGGAUGCCGACCGGGACAUCUGGAUCCUCUCCGGGAUCUCGCUCAAUAUAGCUUUACGCAUGGGUUACCACCGAGAUCCAUCGCACUUGCCGGGGAUAACCCCAUUUGUCGGUGAAAUGCGACGGCGGGCCUGGGCCACCGUCCUGCAAGGAGAUAUCUUGAUUUCCACCCAGAUGGGCAUGCCACGCAUGAUCAAGGAUUGGCAAUGUGACACCGUAGAGCCCCGUAAUCUGAGUGACUCGGACUUCGAUGAGGAUUGCGUGGAGCUUCCCCCGUCCAGGCCGGAGACGGAGAUCACCACGGUUUCGCACCUUGUCGCUCGGCGGCGGAUAUUUGCCGCGUUGGGUGUGAUCGUCGAUUUCACCGCGUCGGUGCGACCGGUGGCCUACGACGAGGUAAUGCGACUAGACCGCAUUCUGCAUGAUGCGGAGGCGACGGUCCCUGCCUACCUCCGCAUGAAGGCCAUGGCCGCGGCGGUGACGGAUCCUCCGCAAGUGAUUAUGCAUCGGCUCUUCCUCAGACUGAUGUUCCAUAAAGGCCAGAUCAUGCUACACUGCAAGUAUGUAAACCAGGACCCAGCCGCAUCUUCCGAUGGGCGGACGUCAGACUCUUACUCGCGCAGCUCUUGCAUAGAGGCAGCCUUGGGAAUUUUGGAGAUCCAGCGAAUACUUGACGACGAAACUAGCCUAGAUGGCCAGCUUUAUAUGAUGCGAUGGCGAGCUUCCUCCUUCAUGAAACAUGAGUUUCUGACAGCCACGAUGCUACUGUGCUUCCUCGCCCGACAGAGACAUAGCAGCUCAUAUGCUCUGACCGAUGGCCACGACUUAGACCAAAUCAUAGCAGCGCUAACAAGGGCACAUGACAUUUGGACAAGGUCAAGGGAUUCAUCGGUGGAAGCAAAGACAGCAGCAGACACUCUCAGCAUUGUCCUGGCUAAACAAUCAAGCAGUUCUGACGCGGGCACAGAGGGCCAGGCUACGAACAAUGACUUCGCCCUGAAUCUAGGUCAGUUGGUCGUCUUAAUUUCUCCAACUUGUCCUUGCUUACGAUGGUUCAGCUCUGCCGAUUCCUUUCCCAGCUCAAGGGCUUAA